AUAUCCAAACGCUGAAGAGAAGUGUUUGGGCUUUUUGCGAACUUUCACCUGGAACCACAAACAAGAAGAGGGAAAACUGAGAGAAACCCAAAUCAAGAAAAAGAAAACUUAGCAAAAUAAUUGAUUUUCUUGGUUUUGUAUAUACAAAAAGUUGCAAUUUUUGGGCACCCAUUUGGCUGAAAUGGCAGUAAGAACACCAAUAACAGGGAUAAGUAUGGCUUCAGCACCUUCAAUUUCAUCUUGUAAUAGAGUUGUUGUUGUAAAGGUGAUGCCUUUUAGAGCUUCUUUCUUUGGUCAAGGAGUGGGAGCUGUAAAACUUGCUGGGCUACAGCUUACUCGUUCUAAUAGAUCCAGGUGUAACAGUCAUGGUGGGGGUGCCCUUGGAGCUCGUAUGAAUCUAUUUGAUCGGUUUGCUAGAGUUGUCAAGUCAUAUGCAAAUGCACUUAUAAGCACCUUCGAAGACCCAGAGAAGAUCUUGGAACAGACUGUGCUGGAAAUGAAUAAUGAUUUGAUUAAGCUGCGACAAGCUACAGCACAAGUCUUGGCUUCACAAAAGCAAUUGGAAAAUAAGUAUAAAGCUGCGCAACAAGCUUCUGAAGAUUGGUAUCGUAGAGCCCAGCUUGCUCUUGGAAAGGGGGAAGAAGACCUUGCUCGUGAAGCUCUCAAAAGAAGAAAAUCUUAUGCUGAUAAUGCAAAUGCCUUGAAGACUCAACUUGAUCAGCAGAAGACUGUGGUUGAUAAUCUGGUCAGCAAUACACGGCUUUUGGAGAGCAAGAUACAGGAAGCAAAAUCGAAGAAGGAUACUCUGAAAGCACGUGCUCAGUCAGCAAAGACGGCAACCAAAGUAAGCGAGAUGUUGGGAAAUGUAAAUACAAGCAGCGCUCUCUCAGCCUUUGAAAGAAUGGAAGAAAAAGUUUUGACGAUGGAGUCUCAAGCUGAUGCUCUUAACCAGUUAACCAGUGAUGAGCUUGAAGGAAAGUUUGCGUUACUGGAGACCUCUUCUGUUGAUGAUGAUCUUGCUAGCUUAAAAAAGGAAUUGACUGGAAGCUCAAAGAAAGGGGAUCUUCCCCCAGGGAGAACACCAGUUGCCAGUUCAAGCUCGUUGCAAUUUCAAGACUCAGAGAUUGAGAAAGAAUUGAACGAAUUAAGGAGGCGGGCAAAUGACUUCUAGAGAUCAUAAUCGAUCUUUCACACUACUAAUCGUCUUCCUUUAGUCAUUUGUUACUCAAAGAAUGUGGCUUUUGGCUUUUCCGAAAAGUUGCCUCAUCGAUAAUGGCCAUCGAAUAUAGGAAGUGAAACUGAGGAAAGUAUAUUGAGAUAUGUUGAUAUAUCUUCUUUCAAAUUAUUGACCUACAUUAUGGUAAUAUAGUGUAAGCUAGUCUUGACUUCAGUUUUGUAUGUUGCCACUCAAAUGUUUCAUGUGAGAAAAGUCACUUCAAGUUA